AUGGGAAUCCUUUCGAUAAUAGGAUUUCCUCUGCGUCAGAUCGUCCAUCGGGACCAAGAAACAAGCUGGCUCCACCUCCCAUUCACUCCCACGGGAGGAAUGAUCUCAUUUCAGCGAAGGCUAAAGACAAUAAUCGCUCUUCUCCUCCACAUCCGAGGAGAAAUUACGCCAGCCAAGAUGCAGAUAGGUCAUACAAUUCACCACCUUACUCGAGGCGGAGAACCAAUAACUAUGUUGAGGAACAAGAGGAAGAUAACCGCAGAGCUCGUAAUCGCAGAUCCCCCAAUCUUCAAUGGAGAGCCAAAUCACCUUUGCUUGAUCAAGAAGUUACCCCUCCUAGCUUCGGGUUCUGCUGCUGGUGCGGAAACAACGGCAUCUCUGCCUCCUGCGAUCUCACAUCCUGCUCCUCAAGAAGAGAUCACAGAAUCCUCCACUAAUCCGACAAGAAGGCGAGGAAGACCACGUAUUCACCCUAUCAGGAAAACCUCUGUUCGACUCAGCCCAAAAACUUUCUCAG